AUGUUGACAGCCGAACCUGGUCUCGAUGCUUGGUGGGAGACGGUUGUUCAAAUAAUGACCCAAGUCUACAAGGCGGAAAGAGUAACCCUCUCUAUCCCCGCCGAUGUUACUGACAUUGAGAACGUCCCUUGGGGCCAAAAGGCUACUUAUAACGAGCACCAGGAGGACGGCUUCAGCUUAGGCUAUAUGGGGAGGAGUAACGCUUCAGAAGCGCCUCCACCGCGACCGAACCUUUCAAGCCGCCAUUCUUUCAACACGUUCGAGGAAUCCAAAGAUCGAGCCGAUAUCUCGGAACAGCCUGGUCGGAGGCCAGCCGGCCUGUCCCGAAGCAAAAGCUAUAUGCCGUCUGCUGGUCCUGCCAAACCAGACCGCCCCCACCCCGCCCUCAACCAAACGGCACUACAACAGCUAGCAGCAGCAGAUGAAAAUGACGCACCAGCGUGGGAGGCGACGCUGGGGCAGCGCCAAGUCACCAAAGCCCGGGUUCUUCCAGUUCUCCAGGCCUUAGAUUACGAAGCCGAUCCAUUAAUCGACCACGCCAGCGUAAUGAGAGUCUUAGAACGUGGCAAGGUCAUUGCCUUGACUCGUACAUACCCCUAUCUCCAGCCUGGCGAUCCUCAAGAGCCUGCAGGACCACGCUCUCCGGCCCCGUCGCCAGCUGUGCGACCCGAUCCUAAAGAGAAUCCCUUCUUCACGGAUGCCGUAGUCGAUGAAGAUUCCUUCAACCCAGACACCACAACUGCCGAUUACUCGUCAAUAUCACCACCGGAAGCGAUUGGCAUAGACAACUCUUCUUCUGUGCUCCACAUUCCGUUGAACCAUGUCCUCCUUUCUCGCAUGCCUCGCCCGUUUUUUGACGCAACGCCCAUCCCAGGAAGCGGGGCUUUCGGUAUAAAUCGGGAUUCUGACGCCGGCGUACCUGGGAAAACACCGAGAUGCGACCCGGAUGCCGCGGGCUUUGGCGAUGGCCCUCGUGUUGCCCCUCUUGCCAUUUUGUCUAUCCUUAGCCCCGAGACGGCCGCACCCUCCGGGUUUGGUGCCCUGGCCUCGGAUGGCCGCCCUAUUGCUAAUGCCGCCACUUUGUCCAACAUGAUUCAUCUGCACCCAGGAGAGCUUCCUACCCAAAGCUCUCUUGCAGGUAGCAUGACGAGUCUUAGCGAAUAUUCGGGUGUCUCGAGAAGCGCGGUUGGUUCACCCAUCGCUACUCCAGGGUUGGAGCGGGUAGAGCAAGCAACCCUAGGGAUCCUUGCCGAUAGGAUAGAUAAGACGUUGGUUACCACGAGCCCGUUGCCCGUAGUCGAAGACGGCUAUUUCAGCGCGAAGCAUACCCCCGUCAUCGCGAGAAGCGACUACUCUUCCUCUAGCACAGGACAUUUGGUUGCCGAUCCGUGGGGCAGCAUCCAUGAGGAGGAUCGAGAUGAAUAUCUGAAGGCGUGGGGCCAUUGCUUGCGGACCGGCGAGCAAUUUUCGCGGACGGUGCGCAUUCGACGGUUUGACGGUGCCUACCGAUGGUUUUAUGCCAGGGCCGUAGCAUCGCGGGACAAGCGUGGUGUCAUACAUCACUUCCUCGGAUCGUACAUGGAUAUUCACGACCAACGUCUUGCCGAAGUGAAGGCAGCGAGACAAGAGCAGAUUGCGGCGUCAGAAGCCAAGCAUAAGCUGCUGGCCAACCUCAUCCCCCAAAUCAUAUUUACCGCGACAGAUAAUUCGGGAAUUACCUCGGCGAACGAGCAAUGGCUCUCGUACACGGGACAGAGCUUCGAAGAUAGUCUAGGCCUGGGCUUCAUGGAUUACAUCGCCCAAGAAGUAUCCCGAGCGGAAGCCGGAAACCCCAGGCGACCCCUCUCUCUCAGCGACAACCCCGCAGCGCUCUUGCGGCACCUCUCGGGCCACGUGGACAUCACAACAACCGACAACCUUCUCAACAUGCAUCUCAACGGCAAGGCCAAUGCUGGGGCUAGCGGCAAACGAGAAGCGGAGGUUGAUAUGGCCGCCGAGUCACCCAUCUCGGAUCUAAAUGGACUCGCGAGGAUGGGGGUUAUCAAAGUGGCUCGGGACAGCAACGGCCGACUGUCGUAUACGACCGAAGUGCGGCUUCGGUCUAAGUCGGGCGAAUACCGUUGGCACCUCGUUCGCUGCGUUGAGAUCGACAACGUUGACUUCGGCGACGGCGCCAGUUCAUACUUUGGCUCGGCCACGGAUAUCAACGACCACAAGCUGUUAGAGGCUAAACUAAAGGAGGCGAUGGAGUCCAAGAGCAGGUUCCUUAGUAACAUGUCGCACGAGAUCAGGACACCACUCAUAGGUAUUUCCGGCAUGGUCAGCUUCCUGCAGGACACGCAGCUCGACGAGGAGCAGAGGGAUUACACCAACACGAUUCAAACAAGCGCCAACAGCCUCCUCAUGAUUAUCAAUGACAUUUUAGAUCUUUCCAAGGUCGCAGCGGGUAUGAUGAAACUCAAAUUUGAGUGGUUCCACACGCGGUCUUUGAUUGAAGACGUCAAUGAACUCGUUUCGACCAUGGCAAUUGCCAAGCGGCUGGAGCUCAAUUACAUUGUUGAUGAGGAUGUCCCCGCCUGGGUCAAAGGAGACAAGAUCAGAAUUCGGCAGGUUCUCCUCAAUGUCAUUGGCAAUGCGAUCAAGUUCACUACGGUGGGUGAGGUGUUUAGCCGCUGCAGGGUAUACCGCGAGGCGUCGGAAAGUCCCAAGACGACGCCGCAUGAACUUACGCUCGAGUUUGCCAUAAUUGAUACGGGACGCGGGUUCACAAAAGAGGAGGCGGAACUCAUCUUCAAACCGUUUAGCCAAAUCGACGGCAGCAGCACGCGUCAGCAUGGCGGAAGCGGAUUAGGCCUCGUGAUCUCGAGACAACUAGUAGAGCUCCACGGCGGCAAGAUGGAGGGCAGCGCGGUACCCGGUAAAGGGUCCACGUUUACGUUUACGGCGAAAUUCGGCCUGCCCACGGAAGAAGACCAUCCACAGUUCCAGCCAAGCCCGGCGUCGUUGGCGGCGGACGAGUUGUCUCAGGUGGAUACCGUUCCGCCGCUACCUUCCAUCGGGCCUGCGCAACCCUCAAGGUCCCGUACAUCGUCCCAUGCUAGUCCCGACACGGUUGCCGACAUGCUCUUGGCGUCGGGGCCGCUAUCGAGCGGCAGCUCCAAUCCGUCAUCGGCCGAAUCAGGUCUCUCGAUGCUCUCUGGAGCUUCGUCCGUGUCGUCGAUCAAAGCCGGACUUGGGACGCCUGUGGGAGUGGCGCCUGACCCGCGUCCACUCGUCUACUCCAUCUUGAUUGUGUGUCCUCAAACGCAUAGCCGGGAGGCUACGAGCCAACACAUUGCUACGACUUUGCCCAAGGAUGUGCCGUAUCAGAUCAGGGCGCUAGAUUCAACGACUGAGGCCGCAAAGGUCAUCACGUCGGAGGACGGGCAUCGCUUCACGCACAUUGUCCUGAACCUCCCCACCGCGGAGGAGGUGAUAUCGCUCGUGGAGCUGACGACCAAGUCGAACCGCCAGCAAGGGGUUACAAUCCUGGUGCUGUCGGAUACUGUCCAACGCCAGCAGGUGAUGCGACUCGCGUCGGGGACAGCAUGCGAGAAGCUGCUCCGCGAGAAGCAAAUCACCUUUAUCUACAAGCCCGUCAAGCCAUCACGGUUUGCCGUCAUCUUCGACCCGGACAAGGCCAGCUACCUAGAAAUUGAAAAGCGUAUGGGAAACAAGGGCUACCGGGUGCUUCUAGUCGAGGAUAACCCAGUCAACCAAAAGGUCCUCACCAAAUAUCUCAAGAAAGUGGGCGUGGGCGUGGACAUUGCGACGGACGGAAUGGACUGCGUUGACAUGGUAUUUUCGAGGCCCUACGGAUACUACUCUCUCAUCCUAUGCGAUCUACACAUGCCUCGAAAAGACGGCUAUCAAGCCUGCCGUGAAGUACGCGAGUGGGAGAAGCGGAAGGGCAAGGGGGCCACCAUGCCCAUCAUUGCUCUGUCGGCCAACGUCAUGUCAGAUGUGCAAGACAAAUGUCUUGCUGCCGGGUUCAGCGAAUAUGUUACGAAACCCGUGGACUUCAUCGAUCUUAGCAGGGCCAUGUCCAAAUUCUUUUGA